AUGCCGAGGAAGAAGAACUUCAGGAUUUCGCAGGCGGCUCGGAGGAGGGCUGCGGACAGACGGACCCUUGACGUUUCUCCUCAGGUUCCCAUGGACCGCUGUGCACCGCGUGGCACUGGGCACCGGCACAAGGUGAAGAGGUGGGAGGUGUCGGUGCUCACCGGGCGGCAGCACAAGUUGGUUCUUCCGCCGGAGUCCCACGGCAAAAAGGUGGUUUUUGCUAUUGGUGACUCCCAUCUUCGAAGCCUUGCAGAUGGCAUCGUGCGGUUGCCUGAGGGUCGUCUGGCGUGGGGGUUCAUGUCAACGCCGGGGGCAAGCGCCACCGAGUUGAGAACUGAGGUGCUUCAUGCUGAGGUGCCUCAGGAUCCCGACUUGGUGUGCGUCUUGGCUCCGAGCAACGACUUGACCGCCAAGCACACCAUCGGUCGUGCGGCUGCAGACUUCCAGCGGUACCUAGCCACCGUCUGCAGUCGCUGGCCGAAGGUGUGUGUGCUGGACUUUCCUCCGAGGUUGACCGUUGAGGACUCCCUGCAAGAGCUCUACCGCCAGGAGUUCCACCGGGUGGCAGCCCGCAUGGCUGUGAAGUACUUCCACAUCGCGGACCACUUCCCCCGGCAGUGUCUCAACCUGUGGAGUCGCGAUGGUGUCCACCUGAGUGAUGACGUCGGCAUGGAGAUCUUCGCCCAGCUGCUGUGGACGGUUGCUUACACGCAACUGGAGACCGUGCCGCCAGCCCCGCCGGUGUCUCGUCCAUCCCCACCUUCUCGCUUCACUCCCCGUGUGGUUGUGAAGGGAGAGGUGAGGGUGCGUCGCAGCCCUGGCCCCGAGGAGUGGACUGUCGUUGGUCCGAGCGGCAAGUCCUCUGGAGGAUGCAGUGCAGUUCAGCGGGAGCCGGCUGGCAUCCCCCUGAAUCCUGUGCUGUUCAGCAGUGAGAUGUUGGAGGAGAUGGAGAAGGUUUCUCCAUCAAAUCUGACAUCUCCUGCUGACUUCGCUGGUGUUUCACCGCCAAAGACGCUGCGUGUGAAACACCACUCCAAGAGGACUCGAAGGGCCGCAUCCAGCCGAGGGAUUUCUUCUGACUCCAAGGCCGCUCUGGAGUCGAAGAAGGUCGGGGCAACGUCCAGGCAUCCGGUCCCUUCUGGCCGCACUGACGAGAGGACGGUUGAGACAACACGGAGCCCGGGUGUGUUGUCUUCUACUGAUGAAGAUGAGGCAACUACUGCGAAGGUAAGUGAGGUGAGUAUGGGUAAUGUUGAUGUUGUUAGGGGUUCAGUUCACCAGGGGCACAGUCGGUUUAGGAAUCCGGGAGUUCAGUGUAUGGCGAUAGGGUUGGUUAGUUUGGCCAGACAUAUGGUGUCUAGUGUGUUCAGUUGGAAGACAGAAGAUUUAGAUUUAGCUCUGUGGUUAGGAGAUCAGCUUUAUACACAUCUGAAGGACGAUGGUAUAAUUCCUCCAGGAGAAGACUUUUUGAUGAUCCCAGAGUUGCCGAAAGAGCACGUUUUAUACUGGCAGAACUUUAAGUUUGCGUUCCCCGAGACUGUUAGUGGUGAUGUCACUGUGACUGAAGGAGAGUUCAUUGAGUGUGGAGCAUUUGUGACUCUAGAACAUGGGCUGGAAAGGAUGUUAUCUCAGUACCAGACAUGUCUUUUGACUUUGUGUUCAAAUACAUGUGCUGUAAUUUCUGCUGGUGGUAGGUUUGCUGUUGUUGAUUCUCAUUCACGCAGUGCUACUGGCAUGGUGGAUGUUGAUGGUACCAGUGUAGUUUUGUACUUUGGUUCCAUUAGGGAAGUGUUUGAACACUUUAGUUGUUUGGCAGUGAUGUUUGGUGGUAGUAGCAAGCCUUUUGAAAUAAAUGGUGUUGAUGUGAGUAGGGAGUGUGAAUCUGAUGAUGGCAAUAAGCAACGUGUAAAACGUCAGCUGUCAGCAGAUUGUUAUGAAGUUGGCCUUUCCAGCCCAUCUAAACAUACGCUAAAGAAAGGCCGUAUUAAUGUUUCGAUGGUUGUUUCAGAUGAAGAGUUUGCUGUUGAGGAACAGGUUCUGUUAAGUCGGCAGGUUAGUUCAGAUGUGGAAGUACUCAGUGAAGGACAUGAAAAGCUUAUGUUUAACCCUCUCUGUGAAAAUACUUGUCAAAGUUUAUGUACCAAAUUAAAUAUAGAGUAUGAAAGCGUACAUCGCUCUGCGUCUAGUCGUGUCGGCGAAUUAGGCAUUCCGUGUCAAAAUAGAGACAUAGUUGCUGAUGGGAGCUGCUAUUUUAGGGCCGUUUCUCAGGCAGUGAGUGGCACACAAAAGCAUCACAUCAAAAUUAGGAGAGCGGUUGUGAAAUAUUUAAUGAAAAAUGAUUUGAAAUAUCAAAGUAGUUUGAGAGAAGGUUAUUCCUCUGUGGCAGAUUACGUAGACAAAUCAAAAAUGCGUUACGUUAGCAGUUGGGCAACAGAAUUAGAAAUACAAGCCACAGCCGAUUUACUGGGUAUUAAUGUUUUUACAUUUAUUGGUGGUCGUUGGCUAAAGUAUGGAUGCAGCAGCACUUGUGUGUCAGAAAAAUCCAUUUAUUUAGAAAACUGCCAUGGUAGUCAUUAUGAAACUGUAGUUUGCGUUAAAGAACCCAAACUAGAAAGUUGUUAUGAGUACUGUAGAGUAAAUUUUUCAGAAGCAUAUCGUACUAGAUUGUCAGGCAAAGAUUUAAUUAGAGAUGUUUCAUCCGAAAGUGACACGUCAGUUUGCAAAAAGGACAUAGAGCGCGACAGAGGCUUAUAUAUUUCUAAAUAUAAGAAAGUAAUGAAAAAAACCCAAAGUAGGAAUAUAAAUAAAAGAAAAUAUGCAACAGAUGCACAUCACCGACAAGACGUGAAGGAGCAAAGGAAAAUAAAAUAUGCAUUGGAUGCCCGUCACCGUGAAAAUGUGAAAGACCGAAGCAAAGUAAAAUAUGCACAAAACGCGCGUCACCGAGAUAACGUUAAAGAUCAAAGCAAAAUAAAGUAUGCAAAAGAUGCGCGUCACCGAAAAUACGUGAAGGACCAAAGCAAAAUAAAGUAUGCAAAAGAUGUGCGUCACCGAAAAUACGUGAAGGACCAAAGCAAAAUAAAAUAUGCAAAAGAUGUGCGUCACCGAAAAUACGUGAAGGACCAAAGCAAAAUAAAGUAUGCAAAAGAUGCGCGUCACCGAAAAUACGUGAAGGACCAAAGCAAAAUAAAAUAUGCAAAAGAUGCGCGUCACAGAGAAAUAGUCAAAAGAGUUGUGAAAUCAAAGAGGCAAGAAAUUAAAGAAAAAGACAAAACACAGAAUAUUGAGUUCUUCACUGAGAGGUUUUUAAACAAAGUUGAACAUGGUCCUGAGUAUAUCUGUUGUGUCUGUUUCAGGCUGUUGUUUCCACAUCAGGUGUUGAGUUGUAGAAAGGAUGCUUAUAACAAGACUGCGGCCAUAGCUUCUUUAGCAGAUAGGUGUAUUAGAACCGACUAUUUACAUGAAUGUAGGGAGGAUUGUGUUCAGCCGUGUCAGAUAAUGGCUUCAAGUAGAGGGCAUCUUUGGAUUUGUUACACUUGUCAUCAUAAAAUUUCACAUGAGCAAAUGCCUGCUGAAAGUGUAACAAAUAAUUUGGUAGUUGAUCCAGUUCCCCCAGAAUUGGCUUGUUUGAAUAGGUUAGAACAACAUUUGAUUGCUUUAAAUAUUCCGUUCAUGAAAAUGCUUGCAUUACCUAAAGGUGGCCAAAAUGGAGUUCAUGGACCAGUAACCUGCGUUCCAUCGAAUGUAGUUCAAACAUCUAAAAUGUUGCCCCGAUCAAAUAUGGAGGGCUCUUUAUUGGCAGUAAAAUUAAAACGUAAGUUAACUUAUAAAGGCCAUUAUCAGUAUGAGUUUGUGGAUACAAUGCAUAUUAGGCAAGCUUUACGGUUUUUAAAGCAAUCAAAUAAGUUUUAUAAAGACAUAGAUUUUAAUGAGGAAUGGGUUAAUGAGUUGUGUGUCUUAGAGCAACUUGAGGAUGAAGAGAAGGCGAAUGCAGACGUAGUUGAAAGUUAA